GAGGAAAACGUGGAUUUGUUGAUGUCGAAUUGUUAUUUAAAUGAAAUAAAACAUUAAUACUCAUUUACCAUGACUUCUAAAAUAGAAAACGUUAAAUCCAAUCUCGAAAUGUCACUUAAAGUUAUACGGAUGUACGACUGGCUUUUGGAUUUAUAUGUUUUGGACUUCUUCGUGGAUGAUCACUGGAACAAACUUCCGAGUACGUGGCGCAAAACUUUCGAACAUAUGGACCCACAAGAAUUAGGACACAUUCUUAGCAACAGACCCACAAACCAAUUACUACCACUAUCAUUCUUAGCUCUAAUCAAAACUAUAGAAGCAUUAACAAUACUUAGAGGGAGACAAAACCAAAAUAUAAACAAAAAAGUUACUACAACUAAUUUAGAUAGUUGUAAAAAUCAUCCGAAAUUAAAGAAUUUGUUUUUAAAACACGUUAAAUUGAAGAAGAGACAUGAGAUAAGCUUGAUGGCUGAUGUUGUGGUGGGCACAGCUUUGCAAAGUAACUGUAAUUCUGUGAUAGACUUUGGUUCGGGUUUGGGACAUUUGGUACGAGUGUUGGCAUACAGAGAUGACUUGUAUGCAGCUGGGAUAGAGUGCCAGGGACAACUCACGGAGGAGGCUAGAAAACUCGACUUGCAACUAGAAUACACAGUGAAAAAGCAUUUAUCAGCUGAAGCUGUAAGCAAACUACGGCGCCCUCUACACUUGAACAUGACACUAUCAAACCACGACCAACUACGUAAUCUCCCUCUACCGGACUGCAUGCACAACUAUGGUCUGAUAGGUCUACACCCUUGUGGUGACUUAGGACCAUUAUUACUUAAACACUUCAUAAAUUCAGAGAAUAUUAAGUUUAUUUGUGUGGUUGGUUGUUGUUUUAUGAAGCUCAGUUGUGAUGGAGAGAAUCAAGGGUAUCCAAUGAGUAGAUAUGUGAAGAGUUUGGAUAGUAAACUGUCAUACCCAAGUAGAGAGAUUGCUUGUCAUGCUAUUGAGGUGUAUUGUGAGAGGCUGUGCAAAGGGAAUUAUGAAGACUUGAAGAUACAUGCAUACAGGGCAGCUUUAGAAAGGAUAUUAGUAGACCAUGACCCUAAAUUAAAACAUGCACCAGUGAGGAGCAUCAAACACUCAGAUACCAUGACAUUUGAAAAGUACUGCCUCCAAGCUCUGGAGCGCAUCAACGUGCCACUGCCGACGUCACCAGCAGUACUGAGACGAGGUUAUGAAGACCUGGCACAAUGGCGACGCGUGGUCGUCGUGUAUACGCUAAGACUUGCGCUCGCGCCGCUUGUGGAGACAGUCGUUUUGUUGGAUAGAGUGCUCUAUGUUUUGGAACAUGGUAUAUCAUGUGAAAUUCGGCCAGUCUUCGAUCCAAAACUGUCGCCUAGAAACCAUAUUAUUAUAGCAAAAAGAUUAUAAGUACCUAGUAGUUUUUAAGAAAAUAUGAUUAAUAUUGUAUGAAAAAAUAAACUGGCAUCUGAACAAAAAA